GACGUAUGCGCUUUCAGUUCACAUCGUUCACAAAAUGUGAGCAUUAUUCUUUUCUGAGUUGAUGAACAAAUGAAGCAAACAUUCAUUCGUUUUGGUAUGUUCAUCCAUGUGAUACGAUAUCAGAGGCUGGAACAGCAAGAUCUGAAUGAAGUCAAGACAAAAUCGAGUAAAAAUGGAAAGAGCAGUCAAUCGGAGAGUAUUUAUGUUGUACACUAACGUUGUCUGGUAAAAGUUGUUGCGCUGUUAGUGGAUCCUAUCAGUCUCAACAUUUUCUCCCCCGUGGAUGGUCGUGAAGCUGUGGAACUGUGUCGUGCAAUCAACUCCCACAUUUCGAGUUCUGUGAAUGUGCUUUCGUCUCCAAAUCACGAUGACCGAGUUCGAUGCAAUGAAGGAAAAUUUGACCGAAUACGGUCAGGAACAUCUGCUCAAAUACUGGGAAGAGUUGAGCGAGGAUCAGAGAUGUCUGCUGACCAAGGACAUAGAAGAAUUGAAUUUGGAGGAGGUGAAUGAAUUCUUUGCUCGUGCCACAUCGUCACUUGCGGAGGAAAAUCUCAAACUUGACGAUAAGAUGGAACCGGUUCGUGAGGAGCAAUACUUGUCCAUUUCAACCACAGAUAAGAAACAACUGGAGAGAUAUAACGAGAAAGGAUUGGAACAAAUAGCUGAUAACAAGGUUGGUGUUCUUCUGAUGGCUGGUGGACAGGGAACACGACUAGGAUUUGCCUUCCCGAAAGGAAUGUUCAACGUGGGAUUGCCUUCCAACAAAUCACUUUUCCGCAUACAAGCUGAAAGAAUAUUAAAACUGCAAAGGUUGGCCCACGAUUUGACUGGCAAGAGUGGCCGUAUUGCCUGGUAUAUUAUGACUAGUGAACAUACAAUGUACCCAACGAAGAAGUACUUCGAGGAGAACAACUACUUUGGAUUAAGCCCCGACGAUAUAUUGAUGUUCGAGCAAGGAAGUUUGCCAUGUUAUGAUUUCGAGGGGAAAAUCCUGUUGGAUCAGAAGUAUCAUGUCGCUAAGGCUCCUGACGGCAAUGGAGGAUUAUACAGAGCUCUACGAGAUCGCGGUAUCCUCGAUGAUAUGGAGCGCAGAGGAGUAUCGUAUUUGCAUGCUCAUAGCGUUGAUAACAUAUUGACAAAGGUUGCCGAUCCGGUCUUCGUCGGGUAUUGUGCCGAGCAAAACGCAGAUUGUGCAGCAAAGGUAGUAGAAAAGUCUCACCCAAAUGAAGCUGUCGGCGUUGUUUGCCAGGUGGAUGGAAAAUAUCAAGUGGUAGAAUAUAGUGAAAUCACACAGCACACUGCCGAGCUCCAAAAACCGAAUGGUAAACUAGUUUUUAAUGCUGGCAACAUAUGCAAUCACCUAUUUACUUCCGAUUUUCUGCGCAAAAUUGGCUCGACGUUCGAAAAGGAGCUUAAGUUGCACGUGGCGAAGAAAAAGAUUCCUUUCGUUGACGAAACCGGCACUCGAUGCAAUCCCGAGAAACCGAAUGGUAUCAAGAUUGAAAAGUUUGUUUUCGACGUGUUUCAAUUCGCCGAGCAUUUUGUGACCGUUGAGGUCCCUCGAGACGAGGAAUUCAGCGCCCUGAAGAAUGCAGACAGCGCCGGGAAAGAUUGUGCCUCCACUGCACGGGCAGAUAUUUAUCGGUUGCACAGAAAAUAUAUCGAGGCUGCGGGUGGCACUGUAGAGGGAACCGAGUGUGAAAUAUCUCCGCUACUCUCUUAUGCUGGCGAAAAUCUGGAAGCGGUGGUGCAUGGGCAAAUAUUUAGUUCUCCCGUACAUUUAAUGGCCCAGGGAGAAUGUUCUGAUAUUUCGAAUACUGAAUAACAGAUUUCAUUAUACAAAUUUGCUAAUGCUUAAACACGUAAAUGAGUUGCGAGUAUUUGAGACACAGUUCAUUCCAUCUGCAUAAGCUAAUUUUUCUACCCCAACAAUUACAGAUUUCCACUAGUAGAUAAUGUGGCAUUGAUCAAACAAAUCAAACAGAACAUAGUUGAUAACUGAAUGAACAACUCGUACUAUAAGAUAAGAUAAUGCAGAGAGUUAUAAUGUGCAAUAAGUGAGAACAUUAGUGACGCACAAAUAGUUUUGUGAAUUGUUCCACUCGAUUCGCAUACAAUGCUAGCGACCGGUCGUUCCUUUCACUGAUUUUUUUUGAGUCGAAUACAGAAAGGCGCCUUAUUACGUGACGACGAAAUUGAAUGCUUCGACAAUAUGUUGUGGUGAAACUAGUUUCUAGCUUUAGAUAUGCGCUGUAUCAAAAAGCACUGACUUCCCGAUGGCCUUCAGUGCGAAAUUGAACGACUCAACCGUCAUCGCCCGUUACUUAGAAGUACGCGGUAUGAACGAACAAUUACUUUUAGAACUAUAUACUGUGAAGCAUUUUAGGCAAUAUAAUAGAAUUGUAUUACUAAAAUUUAUACACACAACAACGUAUUUAUUAGAUAUACUUUGACUCUACUUAAAUAUGUAUAUUGAAGUUUCCCAAUAAAAUGUCCGUACUAUACCCCAUCGCGCUAAAAUUUGUUUCAACAAGAAUAAAGAUUUUUUACAACAAUCGUGAA